CUCUUCUUCUGGACAAAAAUAAAGUAUUGAUUUAGGCACGUAAACUCUUUCCUUAGGCUCCGUCCUGGUAUCCGCUCGAUCUCCUCCCAUGGAGGAGCAACGGCGCCAGCAGCUCUCAGCCACGGCACAGCAGCGUAAGGGCCAGAAGAGAAAGUUGGAGGACGUUGCCACUCCAUCAGCAGCGGCUGAAGAGGACGAAGCGUUGGAGGAUGGUGGCGCCAGCGAGAUCUGCUGCCAGACCUCUUUAGAAACCCUAGCCGACCAGGUGAGGGACCAGGUAGAGGUCCUAGAGAGAGCCUUCUCAUGGAGGAGAGCCGAUCGGGAAGCCGCUAAAAACGCCACUCAUGCCCUCGCCGACCUUGCAAAGAACGAGGAGCUUGUGAACGUGAUAGUCGAGAAUGGGGCUGUCCCUGCACUUGUUCGGCAUCUGCAGGAGCCCACGGCUCUGGUUAUGGAUGGCGAUGGCGGGGGAGACCGUCAUUUCGAGCAUGACGUGGAGAAAGGGAGUGCAUUUGCUUUGGGCCUUCUGGCCGUUAAGCCUGAGCAUCAGCAGCUAAUUGUUGAUGCUGGUGCCUUACCUCUUCUUGUGGGUCUCUUGGGAAGGCAUAGGAGGGGCCAUCAUACACGGGCUGUUAGUAGCCUUAUACGCAGAGCUGCUGAUGCCAUCACUAAUCUUGCUCAUGAAAAUAGCACCAUUAAAACCUUUGUUAGAAUUGAAGGUGGCAUUCCACCUCUUGUUGAACUUCUAGAAUCUGCAGAUCCAAAGGUGCAGAGAGCAGCUGCUGGAGCCUUGCGAACAUUGGCUUUCAAAAAUGAUGAGAACAAGAACCAAAUAGUGGAAUGCAACGCACUCCCAACACUUAUUCUUAUGCUUCGUUCUCAUGAUGCUGCUGUUCAUUAUGAAGCGGUAGGUGUUAUUGGGAACCUGGUUCAUUCAUCACCAAACAUUAAAAAAGAAGUUCUUGCUGCCGGUGCUCUACAACCUGUUAUUGAUCUAUUAAGCUCAUGUUGUACGGAGAGCCAAAGAGAAGCUGCUCUAUUGCUUGGGCAAUUUGCUGCAACAGAUUCAGACUGCAAGGUGCACAUUGUACAGCGUGGCGCAGUCCGUCCUCUGAUUAGCAUGCUUCAGUCAAAUGAUGCACAGCUUAAAGAGAUGUCUGCUUUUGCACUUGGGAGACUGGCUCAGGACUCACAUAAUCAAGCCGGUAUUGCUUACGAAGGUGGUCUUGUUCCUCUCCUAAAGCUUCUUGAUUCAAAGAAUGGCUCUCUUCAACAUAAUGCAGCGUUUGCACUAUAUGGAAUUGCAGAUAAUGAGGACAAUGUCUCAGGUUUUAUGAGCAUUGGGGGUGUCCAGAAGUUGCAAGAGGGUGAAUUCAUUGUUCAGGCAACGAAAGAUUGUGUGGCAAAAACAUUGAAAAGAUUGGAGGAGAAAAUCCAUGAUCGAGUUCUGAAGCAUUUACUUUAUGUGAUGAGAAUUGAAGAGAAGCUUAUUCAAAGACGAAUUGCAUUGGCUUUGGCUCACCUUUGUUCCCCUGAGGACCAACGAACUAUUUUCAUUGACAACAACGGGCUUGAUGUGCUUCUCAGUUUGCUUGGAUCUUCAAAUUCAAAACAACAAGAAGAUGGUUUUGUAGCACUUUUCAAGUUAGCUAACAAAGCCAUGGCUCUCUCACCUAUGGAUGCAGCUCCUCCAUCUCCAACACCACAGGUUUACCUUGGUGAACGCUUUGUCAAUAGUUCAACCAUAUCCGAUGUUACAUUUCUAGUUGAAGGGAGGCGGUUUUAUGCACAUAGAAUCGCCUUACUUGCUUCCUCUGAUGCUUUUCGAGCAAUGUUUGAUGGUGGGUACCGGGAGAAGGACACGAGAGACAUCGAGAUUCCAAAUAUUAAAUGGGAUGUAUUUGAGUUGAUGAUGAGAUUUAUUUACACAGGGUCUGUGGAAAUAUCAACCGAUGUUGCACAAGAUCUUCUUCGAGCAGCUGAUCAGUAUCUUCUCGAAGGUCUGAAACGUUUGUGCGAGUAUGCCAUUGCGCAGGUUGUGAACCUUGACAACAUCUAUUCGAUGUAUGAGCUGUCAGAGGCCUAUAAUGCCUUGUCAUUGAAGCAAACUUGCAUCCUUUUCAUUCUGGAACACUUCGAUAAGACACGCACUAAGCCAUGGCACUCUGAACUGAUCGCUCGCAUUAUACCGGAGAUGAGGAAUUAUUUUGAUAGAAUUCUUCGCCCAAGUCAGAGGAAUUCACAUUUGUAGAUGUUCAUUGUGGACGUCUGUAACGUAACAGCGGCUGCUGCAGUUGGGUGGGUGUGGGUCGGGUGUUCGGGUGGAAAUAGGAUGUUUUUUUUUUUAAGCUUCUGUAAAGUUUGUUCUAAAAUUUUCUGUGCUUGAUGCUCUUUGCAGCUCUUGGAUUAUAUACAUCAGGUAAUAUUCCAAUGUUGCAAUUUUAUGAGUUUAUCCCUUAGUGAAAAA